UCACAUUGCACAGAUUUGUGGUUGUAUUUCCCUUAAUGGGAAUGGAAAGAAAAUCUUACUUUAAUUCAUUGAACGUGGAAGUUCAGUGACAUUUUAAAAACAGUAUCUGUAAAUGUGUUUAGUUGGGGGGCGGUGACAACCUUCCUAAAUACAGGAGGCGCUCUAGGAUAUAAAAGUCAUGAAGACCAAUGACAUGGCAGCUGGUACAUUUGUUGUGUGUGCGCACUAUUCUUAAAGUGAUGAGUAAAGAUUAAUGUUAGAGUUAUAAUGAGAAAAUAAACACUUCAGGUCAAUUUUAGGCUAAGAUUAGGGCCAGUUUAGAGCCUUAACAUUGUUUAAACAUGUAAAUAUGUGGUGUUUUGUACUUUGACUGAUAAAAUGUUGUAUCGUGUUCUCUACAGGUACGGGAGAUUCUGGGUCACUGUUCCUGUCCAGCUCAGUUUCCUAUGGUCAAGGUGUCAGAGGGGAAAUACAAAGUUGGAGACUCCAGUGCACUGAUCUUCAUUCGGGUCCUUCGCACUCAUGUGAUGGUGCGUGUUGGAGGGGGCUGGGACACAUUAGAGCACUAUUUGGACAAGCAUGAUCCGUGUCGCUGUGCUGCUUUUGCUCAUCGUUACCACCAGGCCAAGGCCAGCAGCCAAGGUCAGGGCACCCAGAGCAAGUCCUCGAGUGCCCACUCUUCUCGGUCUGCCAGCCCAGGUCCACACUGGAGGAAUGAAGGGAUUGCACCUUACAAGACCCCAGACAGACGCACCACAGAGCUGUCAUCUUCUCAGUGUAGCUCCGCUUCAUCCACAAGGACUGGAAGAUCCCAAAGCAGUGUCGUUCAGUCAGAACCCGACUCUGUUGCUGCCCGUACUGUACUUCCACAGCCACAGAGAGAUCGUUCAGAAACUCGUCACAUUAAUCCUCUGAGGACUAAGGAGACAAAGUUGUCAUUAACGAGACGCCUGUCUGGAGACAGUGACUCCUCCACAGCUUCAUCAAAGGGGGGAGGAGGAGGACGAUAUUCCCUUGGUGGUGCCUCGCGCCGCUCUGGUGAAGAGGUGAUACUGCUCGUCAACCGCAAAGACGGGAAGCAUGCAAUUGAGAGAGGUGGAGCAGGAAAUCCAACCCAAUCCCUGCGCCCUUCACAGCUCCGUGCUCGCAGCCAUUCUCGUGAACGUUCUGCAUUAACUCCCACAGUAAAACCAAACCCACCAUCAGGAUCCUCUGAUGGUACGAGGACAACUCGUGGAGAGAGAGGGCGCUCUCUGGGGAAUGAGGGCCCCAGAAGGCUCCAUGUUCCACGCUCCCACAGCCAAAGUAAGUUACAGAGUCGCACUCGCUCCAGUGAUGCCAGUCCUGGGCCCAUAUCUCUUUACAAAGAACCCCAGCCCCCACAAUCAGAUAAGCGAGAGGGACUACGGGCCAAACAAGUGAUGCCAUCUUCUCCCAGAGUAGGUGGUGGGUUCUCAAAAAGACAGUCGUCCUCAUGCUCUAACUCCCCACUUAAAGGUGUCCAGAGCAACAACAGCCCCACCAAAAAAAACAUAACAACUCCCAGACCCCCAGCCACUUGUUCCCCCUCCGUAGGCAGAAGCAAACUACCACCAGUAACGUCAGGAGGUCGGUGGUCACCACACUCAUCUCCACACACCCCUCGUCGCCAGGUCGCUCAAUCCACUCGGAUAUCACAGGGCUCUCGUUCCGUUGGACGAGGCAACCAUUCCAACUGGCCUAACAACCCUGAGCAUGUAGAACCAGAAGAGGAAGGACUAGGCUUUGGUUUUCAAUUGUUUCCAAUGCUGGACGCCCAGAGAGAGCAGGACUUGUACCGAAGCUUUGAGGCUGAAUUUUUAGCUAAUACAAAGCAGGCAAAAGUAGUAUCUAAUAAAACAGCAGGAGGAGGAGUGACUGUGCAGAGAGAUAGGACAUUUAAUCCCAGUAUCACAGACUCGGCUUAUUCCUCCUCUAACUCGCCUGUUCCCUCCCAAAAUGUGGGAGCAAAGAUGGGAACUCUGCCUGAACUAAGGGAGUCCAAGAGAACUCAUCAUUGUUACCUCCAACUCGAUGACCCACUCAAUUUACUGUAUAUACACAAUAUAGAAGGACCAACCCUUGGUCAUCAAGGAAAACCUGUGCACUGGGGGGAGAAUGGAGGAGGCUUCAAGAAACUCCCAGCUAUUUCUAGCCCUGUUGAAGAAAAGGAGGUCCCAACUUCCCUGCUGGGCAUUGGUGAUACUGAGAAACUCUUGGUAAAUAAUCAGUUCUCUGCUGAAUCUGUGUUUCGCUGUAGGACUAUGAAUGGAGACCAUAGAGAGGAUCCUUCAACAGGUGGGCUGUCAGAUCAACAGGUUCAACCUGGAUGGAACACUGGGCCAGAAGGAGAUGUUUCACUGGAGAAUCACCAGUCAAACCUUUCAUUUGACCAGGAAAAUGGUGGAGGGAGUGAUGACCUUCCACUUCCAAAGACGUGUCUGUCCCCUGUACCUCUUCCCAUUUCUGAAGACUGCUCUCUUCAAGAUUCCUCCAGUGAAAACUCUUCCAUGUGCUUUAGUUUGAGUGAAUCCCACUCAGAGUCUCCUCCUCCAACAUCACCUCUGGCCAAUGGAGACACAGAUGGAGAAAUGUUGCAGACCAAGAAAAACCAGAAGAAAGCAAACAGGGCAAUCCCAGUCUCUAAGCACAAACUGAAAUCCAGAAUGAAGAUCCGCACUGACAAUAGGGCAGAAAAAAGCCCCUCUCGUAUCCCUACGCCUGUCAGCUACAAGGAUCUGCAGCCUCACAACCCUCUCUCGCCUUGUCACACUCCACCUCUGUCCCCACAGACCUCUCGUUCUAUUGGUCAUCCAACCACAUGCAAGACCCUGCACCAAGCUUACGCAGAAAUGAUCCAUCCUCACCCGCAUUCCCCAGUCUUGGGCCACGAAGCCUGCUCCUACCGCAGACGGUCAGGAAGCCUGGAUAAUGAAGCCUGGAUGUAGCACAAUGCUGCCACAUGACAUGUGGGAGAGUUGUUGAAAUGUGACUACUGUGUAAAAAGACUGGGCUGAAUACUGUUCCCAUUGUGUCUUUUUCAUUUUCAUUGCACAGCACUCCUUUUUGCUCAGUUUGUUUUCUGAAUAUCUGGACCCGGUGGGUCACAUUUGCUUUUAUUUUGCACAUAAACCAAAUUAUUUAUUACCAAAGGCAUGGUGUUCAAUACUACUUUUCCUGUUUUAAUGAGUGCAUGAGGUUGCUUCUGGUAGUUAGGAGUUUUUAGACAUUGAUAUUCAAAACAACCAUUUUAUAGCUUACUUAAAACUGAGGAGUAUCUAUGGAUCUAUUCCUUGCAGUGUGUGCUAGGAAUGCAUUUUGAAUAUCCCGGCCUAUAAGUUAGGUGUGUUGUUCAAGUAACCUGUUUAACACGAGUCCAACCCUUUUCUUCACUAGAACAAAUACUACAUUUAACUUUGGAGACUGGUGCGUCCUGAGUAGAAGUAGAGCAUCUCAUUAACAGACACACCUGACUAAGAGCACCGCUACACUAACUCGGUUCCUAUUUUUCCAAAACUUUGCUAAAAAAAAUCUCUAGAUUUAUUACAUAAGAAAUGAAGGCUUAAUAAUAUAUGUUUUGGCACAAAUGAGUUUGGAACAAAACAAAAAAUGUUUUUUAAUCAUUAUUUUAUACCUUACAGAAGUUUGGCUAUUGCCCUGAAGCUGGUCAUAAAGACUUCUACCGCGCUGGGUCUUUUGAGAAAAUCACUAUUUUAUGGUUCUAUGUCUAAACUAUGUAAAUGAUUAGCUUCCUCUUGUGGUCUGUCACAGCAUUUUUCUUGGCUUAAAAUUAUUGAUAUUAAGACUACACUAUCUGUGUCCACGUUAAUUGUCCUCCUUACCAGCUCACUAUAUUUACUACUAGAAUGACAGUACAGUACAGCUGUUCAGACAGCCAUCAUUGUAAGCAUGACAUGCACUACCACCUCCAUGCAGCUCUCUGAUGUAAUGUACAAUAUCUGCUCUCUGUACACAAAUUUAAUUCAGUUUAAAUAUUUAAAAUGUUUAACAGAUAGCCUGUAAGGUUACGUUUAAUAACAAAAAUAACAUGUCAUCCUCUGUAUCUGGAUUGAAACAUAUCAGGAGUCAGUGGCAGUGGUAUUAGUUUGUGUCAGUGUCACUUAAACAGAUCCUUCAUUACAACACUAAAAACAUAAAUGUACAAAUCAAAAAGUUAAAAGAAUGAACCUGUGACCAGAAUGUUGAAGUUGUGUGGAUGAUGUGUGUAUGUGUCUCUUGAAAAAGAAAAACAUUGGAAAUACAGUUAAAUGUACAUGUCACACUGUAUUUAAGUUCUGUGCUGCCUUAGCUAUGCAAUAUAGGGGUUGGAAAUGCCUUGACGAUUGCCCUCGCCUUAAGAUUUUAUUUGCAGUUAAUUUAAAAUGUUAAUGUUUUUGCCACUAGACAUAUUGGAUAAUGUUACUUUUUUCAGUUAUAAACUGUUGAAAAGAAAAUGUGUUACAAAUGCUGAUGCUUUUAUUUUGGAACACAAAACAUGACCUUAGCAAAUGGAUUUUAAAGUCGUAGUGUAAUAUAAUGUGUGGUGACAUCUAGUGGUUAUAGGCAAGACAAGGAGGAAAAAGAAAAUAGAAAGUUGGCACACUAACCACUUAUUUCCUUCUUUUAGAGAACCACGGUGUUGCAGAUUAUAACCUGUGUUGCCAAUGACAAAUAUUAAUGGUGUCUAAUGACAGAUGAGGAAUGAUUUUGACCUGAGUGACUACAUGUAGUGAACAGGACAUGAAUAAUAGAUAUUGUCGCUGGAUAUUCAUACUAAAAAUCCAGCUACAGAACUUCUGGUUUUAGUGCUUAACUGCUCUGGAAUUCGUAUUUUUGGGGGGUGAGGAAGUUGGUUGUGUGGUGUGUGACAGGCAGGUACCUUUACUUAAAUUAACUUGUUACAGAUUGUUACAGAUAUACAGUUUGUAUAUAUGAAGAUUGAGAAUACCUACCAGGAUUGUUGGUCUAAUUUAUUUAUUUAUGACAAAUAUGUCUUUUUGGGCUAAAGUGAUAUCUGUGUCUAAAGAGAUGUGAUUGACUAAGUGUGAAUGACAAAGAAGGUUAAUAAAUGUGAUUAGCAUUUUAUGUUAAUUAUUGCUCAACAGUUGAGUGUUAAAAAACAAACAAAUGUUGUCAAAUUACACCAUUUCAAAAAAACAAACAAUGCAGACAAUCACAACAUGUAUUUGGCUACUGUAACAGAGAAAUGUAUUUGAUACACACCAGAAACAAUUGCUUCAUUAAAAACAUCCAUCCAUCCAUUUUCAUCCGCUUAUCCGUUACCAGGUCCCGGGGGCAGCAGUCGCCACCCAAAUCACAUUGCAACAUG